AUGGAAAGUUUGGUUUCUUUUUUACGUUGUGAAUGUUAUAUUAACGAACCUACUAAAGUCUCUCUUGUUUCGGAAGAUGUAACACAAAGAGAUGGCUGUUAUGGAGAGUACACAGAAGCUAUUAAACUCCUAAAAGAUAUUGUAAGCAAGAGCUUGUAUACAUGGGAGACUUUCCCCAUCUCGUUGCCGAAAUCUAUUCUGUCACUGUUAUCUAACGAAGAUCCUUCUAUAUUGGAUGUGUUUUACGACAGCAAUGUUGAAGAAUGUGAAGGAGCUGCGAAAGUAUGUUCUAGGAAUGUGAGCCAGUUGAACAAAAGCCAGCAUCGAGAAGUUCGAACAGAUGCUCAUUUUGUAUUCCCGUGCAUUACAUUCACAGGUGAGGUACAUACGGUUAAAAUUUCACCUUGCCUACUGAAAGGAACUCGAAACAUAUAUAAAGAAUUCAAAAAAGACUUGCAUAAAGCCUUAUCCGUCAUUGUAAUAACGUGUGUGGACUUUAUGAAAAGUGAUAACUUUUCCGUUUUUCGAUCUCUGAUUGAUUUAUGCAUCUCUGUCCGUGCCUUGUUAGACUUAUUUUUCGGUUGGCCUCGAGUUAACAAUGGGGACGUGGAUCGCAAGUUGCUCGAAGAACGACUUCGAUUUCUGAUAUGUGACCUUUCAGUUAAAUCCAACCAUAAGAAAAAAGUAAUGGAGUUUUGGGACAUUUGCGAAUAUUUAAGCAAACUGCCGUUCGGGAUGUACGAGGAAAAUUCAAACGACAUUCCCCUACCGUAUCAAUUUCUAACACCAACUCGCAUUUCAGUAGAUCUUCGUCUUCACGAUCCUGUUUUGCUUGAACGCUGUCUACAUGUGAUUGGAGAAUUGAAGACCUCCGUACUGGGUGACUGGUUUCAAGAUUUCAUUGAAUUCUCUAUUUCACAGUAUAGAGACAAAAAGAAAUCUGUAUCAGAAGUUAAACGAUUAGUUUUACAAGAUGGCAUGAAACAGUACGCGGCACGGUUAUUCGAUGCCAUACGUCAGAGUGAAGCGUUGCACAAUAUCAGUCCUGGCAUAGCUGAACCAUUGAUUCAAGAAGCGUCGUUUAAAUUAAUAAUGGCAGAAGCGAACGAAUUUAAAGUUGAACAACUCCAUUUAUUCAAUAUUCCUAAAUGGCGUUCAAGACAAUUGUAUCGUGCAAAGGAAGAAUAUCUCCAGGUGCAUAAAUUCGAUAUACAUGAAUAUAUCCUAUCGAAAUGCAUUGCAAAUGGGUUAGAACAAUAUGCCUUUCUAAUUGGUCGUGACUUAACAUUUUUGAAAGAUCGUGAAUGUUUAUUGCGCGACCAAAUAUUUAAAAGUGCCAGAUUUCCUGAUGAACAGUUUGUUUUUCAAGUCCCAGGAAGAUGUCUUCGAAAUGUUUAUGUUUACCGUGAAGAUUUUAGUUUGCCUUAUCGUUAUCAACUUGUAGACACAAUAUUAAUCAGCUGUGAUCCGAGUGAUGAUUCCAAUAGCCAAGUGCCUAAAAUUAUCCAACAUAUUAGGCGGAACACAACAAAGAAUCACAAUUCUGAAUUGAUCCGCUUAAUGUAUCGAUUUCCACUCAAUUCCUCCGCUAUCAGAAUGUCAAAGGCAGUCGAAGGGGAUGGUUUUCAACCCGUUGACAGUUUUGUUCCCUAUAAUGCUGCCGCACCAAACACAGCACUUUCAAAUAUGUUGAACCCGCCUAGUCAUCAAAAUCAACCUUUGCUAGCCUUUAAAAAUAGUUUUAGGGAAGUGAAUAGUUAUCCGGAAUCAACGUACGUUAUGCAGUCUACAUUGGUAUUGAAAGCAUCAACACGUUAUUUUAUGUGGCGUUGGCUUAUUUUCUUCCUAUGCACUUAUUCCUGGCUUCUUCGUUCAGCGCAAUAUUUUUUUGUUGUAAUCCCUCUCCAAUCUUGUUUCAGCUUUACGGUAUUGUUCAAACGAACACCACUCCAAAAUGUAUACAAAGUCGACAGAAAUUCGGGUUAUGUGUAUUAUGACAAACAAUAUUAUGUUCAUACUAUAAUCAGUUUUCUACAUCACAUGUGGUCUACUCUGCACCAAGCUCGUAGAAAUUUUGACCUUCGCUUAUCACCGGCGUUAACUUAUCACAGGUUUAUCAUGCGACCAAUUCAUUGGGUAUGGGUAUACAUUAUUCGUGGUCUGCUGAUAACCAUAAUCCUAGUAAUCGUUUGGCCUAUACUGUGCGUUAUCUGUUCUACUGCUUCAAUAUUAAUUGGUUUAUUAGCAUUACUGGUGAUACCACUACUAUCGUUAGCUGUACAUAUACUUGGUGUAUUAUUUUGGAAUGCAUAUACACCUGUUUUUGGAUCCAACCGCCUCCUGCCGUUGUUCGAAAUAUUAUUUUGUCAAUUCCUAAUCAAGACAUUCCUUCAAUUCGUAAUCAGUAUACUAUGUGCAUUUAUCCUCUGUCCUGUUUGGUUUCUAAUUCGCAUUUUAUACGCUGUGAUAAAAUGUGUAUUCUCCUCCUUGUGGGAUGCUAUUAUGUUUCAUAUUGUAUUUAGACUAAUACCACGCAUACCAUGUAAGGAGACAUGUUCUGCUAAACGUAAUCAUAAUCCUGACACCGUAUUAAAUAUUUGUUUCCUGGCUCGGCCUGAAGACAUUUUAAUUGUACUUACUGUACAGUUAGAACGCUUAGAGCUGAUUUUAUGGAAAUGUCAGAUGGAAAGUGUUGCAAAUAAGCCCAUGAAUGUUUAUAACGAUUUUCUCGAAUCUAAAAGUUACGUAAAGCGUGCAAAAGCACUAGGAGUCCAGUCCGAUUUCAAAUUUUUUAGAAGAAUAAAAUUAUCUGAUCGGAAUCUCAAGCUUACGAUUGAUUUAGGUUCACGGUUGACUAAGUAUUUUUAUGAUAUUCGAAUUCUACCGCGCUUACAUUUGUUAGAUCGCUGCGUGGGUGACUGGUGGACAAAUCUUCAACUUGAUGAAAGUGACUUCCUCGGGUUAUGUAAUUAUCUAUUAAAAAAUACAUUUGGUGAACAGUUUUUCGAUUGCGUUACAGAAAAGAAUGUGGCAAUACCACUACAGGUUCGUGAUGCUAGUUUUGAUCAGCAAUUCCGGGAAGUGGUACUGUCGAAUCUGGACCAACAAAUUUGUGGUUCUUCAGUACGUUCUUUGUAUGGGAAUGAAGUUCAGUCAACCAUUGUUGAAAGUAUGGACCUAUUGAAAGAAGAAUCUUGUAAUCUUAUAGAAUUAGAAAAUGAGGAUGAAUCUCUUUCUUUAAAAAGCGAUAUUCUUGGAUCUCUAAGUGAAAGACUCUCACAACGUUGCACUGUUAUCGCUGCCUCAAGCAAGAAUAACAAUAAUAAUGAUUAUUAUUAUGACGGGAGCAGUAAUAAUGAAGUUUUAAAUUCAGACUAUCUAGUUACUUCUCAUAAUUCAGUCAUAGAACCACCACAUGAUCCAAAUAAUGUUGUCAUAUCACCUAUCAUACACAGUGAUAUUCAUUCGGCUAGAUUUGAACUCAAUCUGAUGAAACCUUCAAUCAUUGAUCCAAUGUCUCUUAUUCAUGUUGAUUUGCAGGAUUUCCCCCUGUCGGUUUUUGCACCAAGAACAGCUAGUAAUAUACCUUGUCCUUUAAAAUCAUGCCCAGAGAAAAAAGUGUCUUGUGGUAAAUGUACUUGCAACAACAACGAAUUGGGUCAUUGCUCGUGUAUUUCAUUGACAAAAGCUACUUUAGAAUUCAGAUUUCGUAAAGGUUUAACUGAAACAUGGUCCAGUCAGUCAUUUGAAUUGAGUAACGUAGAAUCCAAUCCACUUAUCCUAUCGACUGUAUCAAAAUGUAAUCAUUAUUCAGUCAUUAAAUCUUUAUUGUCUACGUGGACAAUGUCUACCUCAGAAUAUACUGAUGGUGAUGUCGAUCAUGCUUCUCCUAAAAAUGCUGGUGAUGUUGAAGAUUGCGAAAUGUAUCAUAACAUGCGUUCAUUAUUAAGCUUCAAUUAUGGAGACAGUCAAUGGUGUUAUUGCUGUCAUCAUUGGUCUACAUGGAACGAUUUCGAUAUCUCUGGUGUCAACAGAUGCUCUUUGGCUUUUAGAAAUAUUAUUCAACAUAUAGCCCGAGUUUAUCAUCCAUGUGUCAUCAUAUUGCUCUUGCAUUCACGCGAUCGUGAAAAUUGUUCUCUGGAUACCAAUCAUCCGUCCAUUCACAAACUUGUCCGUCAAAUCACCUUGCCUAAGAAACAGAUGAAAUUAUUAAAGAAGAUUUAUGCUGAAGAAAAGAUUAUCAUGAGUGAUUUAACCGGUCAUCUUGAUUCUUUAUCUCAUAAGUCAGAUGAACAAAUGAGUUGUUUGCGUAAAAACAUGGAAACUGAUGUCAAUAGUAUGUCAUUAGAUUCUGUGAAUUGUGCGUUGGCCGAUCGUUUGCCAUCCUUUAAGCAACAACAGCAGCAGCGUUCACAGCAACUGUUGAAGUCACCAGUCUCCAGUGGUGGAUUUGAACGACAUUAUGAUUCAAGAGCUAAGCAUAGAUGGUACUCUAAUAUGAAUGUGAAUACUAGUAAUACUAAUUUCAGUGAUGUUAUGAAUCAGUCGUUACAUUUUCAGCCGAAUUGGUCAAAUAAUUAUUCACAUGAAGGAAUUUGUGACUUCUCACACUCUCAACUACGUUUCAAUACCAUAUAUGCGAUAGCAGCUACAAGUAAUCAAAAUAAUAUUCACGAUCCUAUUACGACUGCUAACGCUAAUGUACUUGAUAUUAAUAAGUAUCGAAAUCCAAGAUGUUAUUGGUCUGGUCUAGACUUUUCAACUAAUAAGUACAAUAAAAAUGAUAACAACAAUGAUAGAGAUUAUUCAGGUGGUACACCAACGCCUAGUUUAUACGGUACAGAGGAUGCAGCCACAACGGAUGAUCUAGACGAUACUGAAGAUAUUAUAUCAAUGUCUAGUAGUGUAGGUCAUUCGGAAUUGGUCGAUAAUCUGCUUACUGUAAGUACACGCGAACAAAAAAUGACCAAUGAUAUGAGCAAUGCAGCUGUCCAUCCACAACGUUUGCCUUUAGCUAUACCAGAAUUGCUGACAAUUUCAGCAACCUCUGCAGGCAGUGGCGAUACUCAAAGCCAGCUGGAGAGUGAGAUUAUCGAUGACUUCUCUGGAUGUGGUAUGACUUUACCACCAAUAUCAAGUCCAAGACGGUCAUUGGCCUUCCAUAUUGAUCCAGUGCCAGAGAUUCAGUCAGGUCAAUCAACUUUCAGUGGGCAUUCUUCACACGACUUACUUCAACUUCCUUCUGAUGAAUGUACUUGUAGUUUACCUUCUAAUUCACAUGUAUUCUUUGAUUCUAGUCCAUCUGAAACUGUGAUUAUUAAUAGAGUUUUCAAUCCUAGCAGUUCAAGUAAUCAUUUAGCACUUCCUGACAAUCUAUGCAUGCAGUUAACUGAAGAAGUUGAUUCCAGUGCCGAGUUGAGUGCUUAUCAUGAUAAUACUGUGCAAGCUAAUAUAAAUGGUGUUGAUAGUAUAAAGUGUGGAUUGAUGGAAUCAUAUGAUCAAAAUAAAAAUUUUGAAACGGAUAAUGUUUCACAUUGUUCUAAAUUGAAAGGUACUGUUAAGAAGUUGCUUGCUUCUUCAGUGCACAUGUUCACAAUAUGUUUAGUGCAGUGA